AGGCCUCGUUUAGCCACGCCCACAAGACGUAACCCCGCCCCUCGUGCCGCUCAGCCAAUCAAAGUCCUCGCCGAUACGAGGCCACGCCCCCUUGCGUCACGCGGGCCAGUGAGAAGCGCGCUCUGCGCGAUUGGCCAAUGAGCGCGCGGGGCGGGAGCGGGCUCGCUGAAGCGCCGCCAUUUUGCUGGUGUGGGAGCGGCAGCGGCGGAGCAGGCGGAGAGAGAGGUGUCACCACCAUGGAGUACGAACGGAGGGGGGGCCGUGGGGAGCGCAGCGGUCGCUAUGGGGGGGCCCCGGCCCCGCCGCCCCCCGCCGAGGAAGCCCCGAGAGCCCAACGCGACCACGACUAUCGCGACCACGACUAUCGCGGCUAUGGCGGCCCCCCCCCCGCCGGCCCCCAGGCUCCCUAUGAGGGCUCGGAGCCCCCUCGGAAGCGGGAGGUGCCAGCGGCUUCGUUGCCGUUCGGAGCCGACGGUGAUUACCGCGACCAGGAUUACCGGCCCGAGGCCGGCGAGGAGGAGCCGCGCGCCAGCACCAUCGUCAUGCUGCGAAUGCUGCCGCCCGCCGCCACCGAGAGCGACAUCCGGGCGCAGCUGCAGGCGCAGGGGGUGCAGCCCCGCGAGGUCCGGCUGAUGCGCAACAAGUCCUCAGGUCAGAGCCGCGGCUUCGCCUUCGUGGAGUUCCAGCGCGUGGAGGAGGCGGCGAGGUGGAUGGCGGCCAACCAGGCGGGGUUGGUGCUGCUGGGGCAGCGCGUGUCCCUGCACUACAGCGACCCCAAACCCAAGAGCAACGAGGAUUGGCUCUGCGGGAAGUGCGGAGUGCAGAACUUCAAACGGCGCGAGAAGUGCUUCAAGUGCGGCGUCGCCAAAGCCGAAGCGGAGCAGCGCGGUCCUGGGGGGCCUCGAGCGGAGCUGGUGCCGGGGGGGGGCGCGGGGCUCCUACCCCUCCCCCAAUCCUACGCCCCCACUUUGGGGGGGACCCCGGGGGGACCCCAAGGUGGGAGCGAGCCCGGAGCUGAGAACGCCAACGACACCAUCAUCCUGCGCAACCUGCACCCCCAGAGCAGCCUCGAGUCCAUCCUGGCGGCGCUGGCGCCCUUCGCCGCCCUCUCGGCCGCCAACGUCCGCGUCAUCAAGGACCGACAGACGCAGCUCAACCGCGGCUUCGCCUUCGUCCAGCUCGCCACCAUCGUGGAGGCGUCGCAGUUGCUGCAGAUGCUGCAGGCGCUGCAGCCGCCGCUGCACAUCGACGGAAAGAGCAUCAACGUCGAGUUCGCCAAAGGCUCCAAGCGGGAGGUGCAGGGGGCGGGGCCAGGGGAGGGGCCCCCCCGCGCCAGCGCCGCCUCCGUGGCCUCCACCGCCAUCGCUGCUGCCCAAUGGGCGCUGUCGCAGGCCGCCCCGGGCACGGAGCCCUCGUGGGGGGGCACCGAGGAGCCCCCCGGCGAUUUUGGCUCCUUUUACGCCGCUGAGGAGGCUCUGGGGGGCCCCCCCCCACCCCCCGGGCCCCCCCUCGCCCCGAAUGCCGCCCCCAAGGCCGACAACGCCGCCCCAGGUGCGGAGGAGCCGGGGGUGCCGGGUUUGGAGCCGCCGGGGGGGGUUGGGGGUGCGGGGGGGGGCAGCUCCUUCGCUCGUGCCCCCUCUGGGGGGAGCCCCUACCCCCCUCCCACCGGGGACCCCCCCGCGAGCACCCCCCCCGCCCAGAGCUACACGGGGCCCCCAAAAGCUGAGCCCCCCAGCGCUGCCCCCCCCGGACCCCCCCCUGCUGCCACUGCCGCCGGCACCGACCCCUACGGGCAGUUCCCGGUUCCCGACGUCUCCACCUACCAAUACGAUGAGACUUCGGGGUACUACUACGACCCCCUGACGGGGCUCUACUACGACCCCCACUCCCAGUACUACUACGAGGCGGGCGCGGGGCGGUUUCUCUACUGGGACGGUGAGCGGCGCACGUACGUUCCGGCGCCCCCCGCGCCCCCCACGGGGCCCCCCGCGCCCCCCCCCAGCGCCCCCAAAGAGCCCAAAGAUAAGAAGGAGAAGCACAAGACCAAGACGGCCCAACAGAUCGCCAAGGACAUGGAGCGGUGGGCGCGGAGCCUCAACAAACAGCGCGAGAGUGGGCGCAGCGCGGGGCCCCCCCCGCCCCCCCGCGAGGACGAGCGGCGCGAGGCCGCGGCCGCCGACGCCGGAUACGCCAUCCUCGAGAAGAAGGGCGCCCUGGCAGAGCGCCAGCCCCCCCCCCUGGAGCUGCCCCGGCUGGGGGGGGACGAGCGGCUGAGCCCCCCCCGCGGGUUGGUGGCCGCCUACAGCGGUGAGAGUGAGAGCGAGGAAGAGGGGGAGCGCCCCGAGCGCCCCGGGGAGCCCCUCACCGACUGGCACAAGCUCGCCUGCCUGCUCUGCCGCCGGCAGUUCCCCAGCAAGGAGGCUCUGCUCCGGCACCAGCAGCUCUCGGGGCUCCACAAGCAAAACCUGGAGCUGCAGCGACGGAGCCACCCGCCCCCCCCCGAGGGGGAGGAGCUCCGGUACCGGGACCGUGCGGCCGAGCGACGCGUGAAACAGGGGGGCCCCGACCCCCCCGAAACCAAGAGGCGUCGAUUUGGGGGAGCCCCCCCGGGCCCCCCCGAGGCGCCCCUCGGCUGUCGGAUGCUCCAGGCCAUGGGCUGGAAGGAGGGCAGCGGACUGGGCCGGCGCCGCGAGGCCCCCGCCCGGCCCCGCCCCGGGGUCUCGCGCUUCACCGAGGGGCCCUGAGGCCACGCCCCCUCCCGAGGCCACGCCCCCUCCGCCGGCGGGAGUCCCUCGGAGGCCACGCCCCCUCUCGCGGCGCCCCGGGGG